UAGACGCGUUCGUCGAUAUCCCAGUAGUAACCCGCGUAGCGUUGAAAAAAAAAAUCGCGUUCGCGAGGAUCUUAAGUGGAUUCGCUAAUUAAUAUUACCGUGUCUGUGGUGUAUGUCGGUGGGGGCAUUCGGCUACUUAUAACAGGAGUUUUCUUCAUCCGCGCACUGUCUGCUCUUUUAGUUGCUGUGUUCUUGCAUUAGAAGCAACAUCAACAACAACGACAAUAAUUGCCGCCGAGUUAUUCGAGUUUUAUUUUAUUUUCUGGGGCAUCAAGCAGAAAGUAGAAGAAGAAAAUUGAAAAUUACAUAUGUGCUACUGCGAUCGAGGAGCGAGUUUCCCGAAGGAAUCGAAAGAAGUGCGUCCGAGUUAACCGGGGAUGGUGGGAAAAUUAACCGAUAUUUCGACUAUCUGGUUGUUCUCGAUUUUUUUUUUUUUGUUUUCUUUAAUCGACUGACGAGAGUUGUAGGUGGGUCGUGAACUACUGCGGGCUACAACUGUGAUAGUGGUGGAAAAACGGAGCUCCAGAAUUGAAACAGUUCUCAUGUUUUGACGGCGGUGCAACAACUCACAACAACGACAACAAUCGAUGGAACUAGUGAUUUUAAUUCCCGCCGAAGCAGAAAUGAAUUAGCAGGAAUUAGAUUUUUGAAGUGGUUUUAAUUUUAGCAUUUAGCGCAUAAAUUAAGCGCCAGGCACCGCCACUCACCGAAGAAAGGUUAAGCUUGAGGCAGUUCGCCAAGGGGUCGCAGGGAAGGAGAAUAAAUUGUGCACAUGAUUUGAGUGCGGCGUGUUUAUUUAUUUUUUGUUGUGCUUGGUGUUUCCUUUCUUGGUUGGGUGACCGAAAAAAAAAGUGGAUAAGCGUCUGUUGAUCCGUGAUCUGUACGUGUGAUUGGUGGAUUACUGUUGUUCGAGAUUUUCGGUUUUCUUUUUUCGGUUAAGUGACUCAGUCUAAUCGAGCGGGAUUCUUGAGUGCUUCGACGAAAUAAUUUAUUGGGAUAUUACAGUGGCAAUCCGUACCACUAGGAUACGCAACGCUCUUGGUUUGAUAUUUGAUCCGAAGCAAACAGCACCCAAUGUGUUCCAAUGAAACCAGCUAGAGUCCGGCGGUAGCAGUAGUAGUAGUUGCAGUGACACCGGAUAACAAGCAGCCAGGCACCAAACGCAGGAAAAAUGAAUCAUGUGCGAGUAGCUGUAAGAAUCCUGCAGAUCUUUGCGGUGCUACGAUGGCUACCGUAUUUGACGGCCUACCACAUUCCUCCACCGACCAAACCCGGUAUUCAGACGCUAAGUAGCCUAAUGUCAUCGCCCAAGCAUCAACCGCUGAACCUUCUUCAUCCUCCGCAGCCGUACCUUUCCCCGGACAGAUCGAACAGCUCGUCGCAAGAAGGCUACGAUGGUCCUCCUGAGUUCAGCAUAGAUCGAAGCUUCAAGGCCCGGAAGAUUGUCUACAAAUAUCCUGUGCGGUAUUCUAAAAAGAAAAUCAGACCCAUUAGCAAACAUCCUACCCUGCAUCCCAAGUUCUACACAUCGUACUCGCACUGGACCAAGUGCGAUGUAUUCUGUCGGCAGAGGCGAGAGCGAUUCUGUACAGUUCGCUCCAAAUGCGGUUACCACAUCCACGUGGAAGAGCGCCAUUGCCACUGGAAAUUAUGCUCACCGCUGACGAUCCCAUCGGACUACGACAGCUACGAUAGCAUUCCACGCCACAAGUACUCCACCGCCGUUGGUGUGGACCCGUGGAGACCCAAGAAGAAGAAGAAACGAAUAAUUGUGGAAGAAGAGGACGACGAUUACUACGACGAGGAAGAUGACACCGAGUACGUGAUCGUCAAGAAGAGACCGAAACCGAAACACGGUAAAUGGAAACAACCUCAUAUUGUGUACCGCCAACGGAAGCAUGGACAUCACAACCAUCGUCCGGCACCCGUGGACUACGAAGAUGAGGAAUACGUUUCGGAGCAACGUAUCCAAAACCAGCGGAAACCCCUCAAAAUCAUCGUAGACGACUUUGACGAUCGGAAAAUCUUCAGUCCCAGUCCACACUACCAGCAGCGAUUUAGUACGGCGCAGACGUUCCAACGGAGACCCCACACGGCUGUGAUCAAGCGAAAACCACAACGUUUAACUGAUUACUUCGAAGACUAUUACGAUCAUUUGUUCCGGGACGGAACGGGAUUUACGAACCGGAAAGAUGACCUGGUAGAUAUCGAUGGGCUUCCAGCGGUAAGUGAAGCUCUGACCGGUACAACCGACGAUUACCUAGACGAUGCUAACUCUAGUUCGUCAUCGACGGAGUUCCACAAGCUGAUGGAAUCGUUCCCGACUACGGAAGCAUCGUCCGGGCAGUCGCAUCACACUAAACGGGAGAUUAGCAACUUUUUGGACGAUUCCGGUGAAGAGCUGGACGGUUCAGAAGAAGACACCAACGAUGGUGCAGAGGAAGGAUCACAUGACGGUAAGAAGUAUCCGAACAAGAGCAUGCUGAAGCUGGGGACCGCAGUCACUCAGAAGAAGGCCAGGGAGAAGGCAGUUUUUGAGAUGCCAAGGAAGGUGGACAACCCGUACUCCAAAUGGAGUCGAUGGUCCAAGUGUACGGCAAAGUGUACCACCAGGAGAUUCAAACGCUGCAAGAUCCCAUCCAUCUGCGGUAACGACAUAAUUCGCGAGGUUGCCUACUGCUAUACGGAGGGUAGCUUCUGCGAAGAAUGGAUCGGUAAUCAACUGUACCAGAACAACAAGCCACCACAAGUGCCGAUGACUACCAUUGCAACGACCCCAAAGCCUACGAAACCUCCACGGGUUCAAGCCCUCGCUCCAUAUCAACCAAUGGGUAGAGUACGUAAUGACUUCCAGGACAAUUCGAUAGCACAGCAGUCGUUUGCGAGCCGUAGAGGCUUCCUCCAACCGGAAUAUAUGCCACAGGAGUUGACCUGUGGUAUCCCCUCGGUACGCGGCAAACCGAAAAAGUAUAUGUACAACAUGCUUCGAAUCAUCGGUGGCAAAUCCUCCCGGCGAGGUCAGUGGCCUUGGCAGGUUGCCAUUCUCAAUCGGUUCAAGGAAGCCUUCUGCGGAGGAACCUUGGUCGCACCCCGUUGGAUUCUAACAGCGGCACACUGCGUCCGAAAGCGGCUGUUCGUCCGUCUUGGCGAACACAACCUUCAGCAGUCGGACGGUACGGAGAUCGAAUUUCGUAUAGAAUUCAGUAUUAAGCAUCCACGGUACGACAAGAAAACGGUUGACAACGACGUUGCUCUACUCAGAUUACCCCGCGACGUAGAACGAUCCACCUACGUUGGGUACGCUUGUCUUCCAGAAAGAUUCCAAACGCUGCCAACCGGACACACCUGCACGAUUAUCGGUUGGGGCAAGAAACGGCACAGUGACGAUUCCGGGACGGACAUCCUGCACGAGGCGGAAGUCCCAAUCAUCACCAACGAUCGAUGCCGAGCGGUGUAUCACGAUUACACCAUCACGAAGAACAUGUUCUGUGCGGGUCACAAGCGAGGCCGAGUAGACACAUGCGCCGGCGAUUCCGGAGGUCCACUGCUGUGCAAAGACACGACCAAGGAGAACAGUCCAUGGACGAUAUUCGGCAUCACCAGCUUCGGCGAUGGCUGCGGGAAGAAGAACAAGUUCGGCAUCUACACCAAGCUGCCGAACUACGUGGAUUGGAUUUGGUCGGUGAUAAACUGCAACGGAAACUGCCGGACGUGAUGUGGUUCUUGGGGCCAUGCUCGAACGAAUUGUAACAAUGUAUUUUUUUUUAAUCAAAAUGAAUCGAGUGCAAAUGAAUGCGAAACGCGGGGUGAGAGUGAGAGGAGUGCUACGGACGGAGACAGAUUUCGGUUGGAUUUUUUUUUUAUGUAUAAAUAAGUUGCUUCUGUGUAGAGAUGUGAAUCUUCUUCCAAUGUUAUAUUUAUUGACGAGCGCUACGAAAAUGAGCUGAUGAGUAGGAGAAACCGUAUCGAUGAUCUAAACGAUAGUUAUUUAUUACGAUUACUGUGUAUAGUACUUUUUACGAGCAAUAAAGGUGAUAAUUGAGUAAAUUGA